UAUUGUUGAUCAAAAUCAUCGCCAAACGUUCACCUGGCGCUUGAAUAUAAAUAUAAGUUUUCAUUUAUAUCUCCAAAGGUUUAUUAGGUUUUGAAGCACAAUUUACAAAACAAUAAUAAGUAAUAAUCGCUUAUAGUUGCUAAGUAAAUAAUGCAGUCGAUCAGUCUUCGUCUCUUGCGGUUGCCUCAGGUUUGGUUUACCGGCUUGAGGUUUUUUUCUUCAGCAAAUAUGUCCCAGGCGGCUGCAAAUAACCUAAGCGCACCUGAACCAGACAAACUGUACAGUCGAAUCGAGCUGGAAAUGAAAGGUAUCGAUCCAGAAGUUAUGAAAAGCUAUGCAUAUUUCGCCAAAACUGCAGCUGAACAUUUGGACAUUGAAGUCGGCAAACAUUGGGCGUUACGAAAAUCAAUCAAGGAUCGACUAACUUUACUAAAGUCUGUGCACAUUUACAAGAAACACCGGGUGCAGUACGAAGUUCGGAACUACUAUCGGUUCAUGCAUUUUCACAAGCUCACCGGUUCCACUGCUGAUACGUUUCUGGAGUAUAUAGAAAGAAACCUGCCAGAAGGAAUAGCUCUUAAAGUUACUAAGGUUGAACUACAGGAACUGCCGGAACACUUAAAUCCGGCGGAGGUGUAAUUUUUACGUACUUUAUUAUUUCGAUGCGGAAAUAAAUUAUUUGUUAGUA